CCCACACCGAUGGCAAAUUCUUCUUUCAAUCCAGAAACUCAAACGUACAAUUCGCCAAGGCCCCCUAUCCAGCUCCCAACAAGCUCUGAUCUCUCGCUCACUUCCUUCAUAUUCCGGUCCACUUCCUCCUUCCCUCAUCGUACCGCUCUCGUUGACGCCGAUUCCGACCAUACCAUAACUUUUCAUCAACUCAAAGAUCAUGUUUCAGCUCUUGCUUAUGGUUUGCGCCACCGGUUUCACGUCGAUAAAAACGACGUCGUCCUUAUCGUCGCUUCCAACUCGAUACGUUUUCCCGUCUCUUUCCUUGCUAUUGUCUCUAUCGGUGCCAUUGCCACCACUGCCAACCCUUCAUUCACUUUCGAUGAGUUAUCCAAACAAGUCAAAGACUGCAAUCCUAAGGUGAUCAUCACAAUCCCUGAGCUUUACAACAAAGUUAACCGGUUCAAUGUUCCCUUGGUGUUCUUGUUCCAAUCACCAAGUUCCCCCGAAUUCUCGGCUACUCCGAAAUUCUCUUACUACACGGAUAUUAUAAAGAGCUACGCCGAACAAUCUUCGAAUCCAGAUGAUGAUGUGAAGCAAGACGAUGUGGCGGCAUUGAUGUACUCGUCCGGAACGACCGGAACAAGUAAAGGGGUAAUGCUGACACAUAGAAAUUUCAUCGCUUCGACGUUGAAUUUCACGGCCGAUCAAGACAGGUAUAGGGAAGGAAGGAACGUUUGUUUAUGUUUCUUGCCGAUGUCUCAUGGGUUCGGUACUGUCUUGUCGUUGGCACAACUGAGAAGAGGAAAUGUGUUGGUUUCGAUGGCCAAGUUUGGGCUAGAAAAGGUGUUGGGUGCCAUCGAAAAACAAAAGGUCACGCACAUGUUUGUCGUCCCGCCGGUCAUGGUUUCUUUAGCAAAGCAAUGGACGAUGGUAAAAGAUAAGUAUGAUCUAUCGUCGUUGAAGCAGAUUAUCUCCAGUGCAGCCCCACUGAGCAGAGAUUUAAUCGAGACAUGUGCCGAUAUUUUGCCCCACGUUCAAAUUUUCCAGGGGUAUGGUAUGACAGAAGCUUGUGGGAAAAUUUCACUAGAGGAUCCGAAGGAAGGCCGUCGUUUUUCGGGUUCAACCGGAACUCUGAUGCCUCUUAUACAGUCCAAAAUUGUGGGUGUAAACACAAUGAAUUCCCUUCCACCAAAUCAGAUAGGAGAAAUAUGGAUUCGAGGACCUACUGUUACAUCAGGUUAUUAUAACAAUCCAGAGGCUACGAAGGUCGGUAUAGAUGAAGAAGGGUGGCUGCAUACAGGCGAUCUAGGAUAUUUCGAUGAACAAGGACAAUUAUUUGUUGUAGAUCGUAUAAAGGAGCUCAUCAAAUGUUAUGGUUUUCAGGUCGCACCGGCAGAGCUAGAAGGGUUACUUCUUUCUCAUCCCAACAUCGUUGACGCCGUUGUUAUUCCAUUCCCUGAUGUUAAAGCUGGAGAGGUUCCGAUUGCAUACGUUGUUCGAGCUUCCUACAGCUCACUAACGGAAGAAGAUGUUAAACAGUUUGUGGAAACAAGGUUGCACAUUUUAAAAGACUGCGAUCUGUUACUUUUGUGGAAAGUGUCCCCAGGUCCAUUUCUGGAAAGAUUCUGAGAAGAGAACUCAUUCAGAAAAUUCGAUCCAAAGUAUAAGAUGAUGAAUUUAUCUUCAGAAAAGGUUAAA